AUGAAGCUCAGCCAUUACCCACGUGGUGUGUCUUCGUUACAGUCACACUCUGGGCUGAUCUCUAGUAAUCUGCAGGCUGUUGCAAAGCAGUUGGCCGACAAUCAACAGCUUCUUUCAUCAUUGGUUGCUUAUCCCCUGCCUCAAUACCCCAGCGCCCAAGCGCACCUACUAGAGCAUCUUCUGCGCACGAAGCUUGAGCCCGAGGUCGAAGAAUGGGUGGAAAAAGGACAAGAAAUUGCACAGCACCAUUCGCAAGGAAGAUACAAAGGCCUAUCUGAGUCUGAUCGAGACGAACUCUGGCGAUGGGCUCCACUUGCGGCGAAUGAUGAAAUCCGCAAACAGAAUUGGGAGGGCGACUACACCAUGGCAGAGAAGGAAUCCGGCAUCGAACAUGUCGAAACUGGCUUGAAAAGAGAGCUUCAAGAACCACUGGAUGCCGACGAUCACGACCAUGGUGAGGACGGGGCAGAGUCAGACGAAGCAGACGACGAUGAAGAGGAUAUUGUCGAAAUACGUCGCAAACCGAACGCGCCAGGGCUGGAAUUCGAUCUCUCAACGGCAAAGCGCCCAACCACACAGAUGUCGAUCGAAAACAUCUUCCGAUUUAUGGUCACGGGAAGUACUGCUCCUGGCAGGCCACCAUGA